CCAAUUCUGUGAUUCGGCCAAACGGUAAAGGUAAACACAUCGUUGAAUGUUGCUAAUACUAAACUUAAAGUUAAAAGAAAAAGUGUAACUGUUGCCUUAUAGACUCAAUACUUAAGCUUUAAAGUAAAUAUGAUUUCUAAUUUAAACAUUGAAGUAGUAGUCAAAGAGAACUGUCCACUAAAGAAUGAAGCACUUAUUUCGUCAGUGAAAAAUGAAUUAAAUGGAAAAAUUGUUCAAUUAGCAGAUAAAAUAACAAAUUUUGAUUUGGAUGUGCUAACCCAACAUGUUGAAUACAUUCGGAUCUGUGAAUUCUUCAAAUGCCCUUCAAAUCAGACUGAAUCCGACAGCAGUAAAUGCCAGGAAAAAAAAGAAAAAGACUCAAUAACAUUGGUGUCGGAUUUGCUAAAAAUAUAUUUUCUGCGGUUGAACAAUGAAGGUCCACAAUCAGAAACAAUCAGUGCAGAAAAUGAUGAUACAUUGGUGGCAAACUUCACAUUAUUGCCCUCAUCAUACUAUGAUGGGCUCUGGGAAGCUUUAAUUUUUGAUUCGAAUAUAAAGGACAAUUUACUUCAAUAUGCCCAGGCAAUGCUGCGCUACUCCAAAUGUGGAGUUGACCCCACAAUCGUCUCGUGCAACAGAGUGGUAUUGCUCCACGGACCCCCAGGAACAGGAAAAACAUCUCUUUGCAAAGCCCUCGCUCAGAAAUUAUCCAUCCGUCUUUCACAUGCAUUUUCUCAUGCCAUUCUCAUCGACAUUAAUACACACUCACUUUUUUCUAAGUAUUUUUCUGAGAGUGGUAAACUGGUCGCUAAGAUGUUCGAUAAGAUAAGAGAAUUAGCUUUUGAGUCAAAGACACUCGUUUGUGUUCUUGUCGAUGAAGUCGAGUCACUUACACACUGCCGAGAAACCACACGAUCUGGAAGUGAACCGUCUGAUGCUUUGAGAGUUGUCAACGCUGUACUUACAAACCUUGACAAUCUUAGCCACUUUUCCAAUGUUAUCACUUUCACAACAUCUAAUAUAACUAAAGCUAUAGAUAGAGCAUUUGUAGAUAGGGCUGAUUUAAGGGUGUUGAUUCCCAAUCCAAGCCCUUAUGGAAUAUACUCAAUUUAUUAUUCUUGUUUGAAAGAGCUGGUGCAGAAGGGUCUCAUCAUAGGUCCAUUACCGGAAAAAAUCCGUGAUAAGGAGACGUUUGAAAAUUUUUCCGGAUGUGAUUACAUCGAAGGCACAAAGUUGCUGAUAGAACUGUCCAAAGACAGUUACGGCCUCAGCGGUCGCACAUUGAGGAAAGUUCCACUACGUGUUCACGCGACUAUGAUACACCCAGAAGCACUGCCACUUUUUGUAAAUUUCUUAAAGUCCAUGUUUCUAGCUGUUAAAGUAAUCAAGGAGGAGGUAGACAAGUUCACCGAUUCUCACAUUACCCUGCAAUGAUCCAGCGGGAAUCAAACCUUUGGCUCUAUAUGCUGCUGCUCCAACCGCUUGCGCUACUGUGACUUCGAUCGCCCAGGCCACAAACUAUUCAUUUU